GAGCGCUCCUACUGCGAAAUGGAAUGACAAGUACUUUCCGCGGCCUAGAAUGGGAAUCCUCAUGUUUGUUCUUUUCACCUAACACGAGGCCAUUAUAUGAUAUCGACUGCCAAACUCUACUACGAUCAUCUUUCCUAUCUCUUUCCCUGACCACCAAUGCAUUCCGCUUACCCAAAGUCUAAUUUCCCUUACUAUGGUCAGCCAUACCAUACAUACUACCCUCCUGGCUAUCAGCAGCAACAGCAGCAGCAGCAGCGACAACCGUUUCCUCCAUCGGAUACAUACAAUUCUCCACCAUGGCCUCGCGAAAAUUAUCAGACUACUCAAUACCCACAAGGCCAUCUGGAUCCAAACACUCCAUUCAUCCCACCAAGUUCUGAGCCAGCUCCACACCCACCACGAGUCAAGCGCGCUAGCACAACACGUCCAAAACCCUCGUAUAACCCAGAGAAGGCCCAACUCAAGUCCGCAAUGAAGAAGAACGGCGGCCUUCGCCGCUCAGAGACCAUUAGUGCCGCCCCACCCCCUCUCGAGCGUACUCGAACUUCUUCCAGUGCACGUCAGCGCCUCGUGCCCAUGACACGCUCCAACGGCAUGAAUUCCAACCCGUCCUAUCUUCCAGAACACUUGUUUGUCUCUUUUCACGGCACAAACGAGCUCCGGAUGGGUAAUGUGGCCUUCCAAGAUACCAUAGAAGAUAUAAAGGAGAAUAUCAUCCCCAUGUGGCCACACGGCGUAUCUACAGCAAUCCCCGUUCAUCACGCAUUUCGUAUUCUUUUUAACAGGAAUCCUUGGACGGCCAGCGGGAGUGAGGGCGUCAUCGCACAAAAAAUGAUAUGCGAACUCUUCACCUGCCUCGCACACAACGGCUAUCAGUACCGUACCUCUCUCAGUACAGGCUAUUCCUAUCCACAGCUGGUGUUUCAGGAUAGCGGUCCCGAUGAACACUGUGACUUCUUUGCCGCGCAUAUCUCGCGCUCAGGACACAGGAUGACACUCGUCCGGCCCCCACGCCGUGUCGGCGAGCAGAUUGGUCCCCGUCUCCGUGCAGCAUGGCCAUUUAAAAUCGCUGGAGAUCGAACAAGUGAAGACGAGAUCUACACAAUUGAGCUCAAAAGGACUGCAAUUGGCGCCUCUGAUUUAAGCAAAGACGUGUUUGCAGCGUCUGCACUAAAGGAAAUCAGUACGAUGGGCUACAAGCUUGAAGCCACGGUUCCCCUUGCGCGCACAGGGAUGCUUGGGUUUGGGAAUAAGAAGGAGAUCUGGAUUUUUCGCGGGACAAGGAUGCGUUCGCGUGCGAAUUCGCGGGCUGGUUCACGUAGUGGUUCACGUGCUGGCCAGAACGUUGAUCACUAAGAGGCUGGACGCGCCAAGGAACGACGGAGUCCAUAUACUGACUACCCCAACGACGGGGUGUAACGAUAAGACUGCAAACGACGCGCUCAUGAUGUAAGACUAGCGUAUGUAUUUAUAGUUUUAAUUCUGCUCAUCUGUGCAGCACGGGCCGGAAGGAUAUAUAUUGUACUGGUGUAUCCUUUUACAUACAUGCUAUUACUACUAUGUACAGUCUGUAAUACAGAGGAAUGUGCUUCUUUUUGAUCCACAUAAACUCCACCUUAUCGC